AGGCAGACUCCGGGAACGGGACCCGCGGCCAGGGGCUCGUGGGCGGGGCCAGGGGCCAGGGCAGCAGGUCAAGGGCCGGGGACGGGCCUGACUGCUGCGGCCCAGUCCAGCCAGGCGCACUGCUCGCCGACCUCUGCCGUGCCCGGUGCUCGCCAGCAUGUCCUUCAUCCCGGUGGCCGAGGAUUCUGACUUCCCCAUCCACAACCUACCCUAUGGCGUCUUCUCCACCGCAGACAACCCAAGACCCAGGAUCGGCGUGGCCAUAGGCGACCAGAUCCUGGACCUCAGUGUCAUUAAACACCUCUUUACCGGGCCUGUUCUCUCCAAACACCAGGAUGUCUUCUCUCAGCCUGUUCUCAACAGCUUCAUGGGCCUGGGUCAGGCCGCCUGGAAGGAGGCCAGAGGGUGCUUACAGAACUUACUGUCUGCUGGCCAGGCCAGGCUGAGAGAUGACGCAGAGCUGCGGAAGUGUGCAUUCACCUCUCAGGCCUUUGCCACAAUGCACCUGCCAGCUACCAUAGGAGACUACACAGACUUCUAUUCCUCUCGGCAGCAUGCUACCAACCUCGGGAUCAUGUUCAGGGGCAAGGAGAAUGCACUGAUGCCGAACUGGCUACACUUACCUGUGGGCUACCAUGGCCGUGCCUCCUCUGUCGUCGUGUCUGGCACCCCGAUCCGAAGGCCCAUGGGACAAAUGAAACCUGAUGACUCUAAGCUCCCUAUAUAUGGCCCCUGCAAACUCCUGGACAUAGAGUUGGAAAUGGCUUUCUUUGUAGGCCCCGGGAAUAGACUUGGGGAGCUGAUCCCCAUCUCCAAGGCCCACGAGCACAUCUUCGGGAUGGUACUGAUGAACGACUGGAGUGCUCGAGACAUUCAGAAGUGGGAGUACGUCCCUCUUGGGCCUUUCCUCGGGAAGAGUUUUGGAACCACCAUCUCCCCGUGGGUGGUGCCCAUGGACGCCCUCCUGCCCUUUGCUGUGCCCAAUCCGGAGCAGGAUCCCAAGCCCCUGCCAUACCUGCAGCAUGACCAGCCCUACACGUUUGACAUCAACCUCUCUGUUGCACUGAAAGGAGAAGGAAUGAGCCACACAGCCACCAUAUGCAGGUCCAAUUUCAAGUAUAUGUACUGGACGAUGCUGCAGCAGCUCACGCAUCAUUCUGUCAAUGGCUGCAAUCUGCAGCCGGGGGACCUCUUGGCUUCUGGAACCAUCAGUGGGCCGGAACCAGAAAGCUUUGGCUCCAUGCUGGAGCUGUCUUGGAGGGGGACGAAGCCCAUAGAGCUGGGGAAUGGACAGACGAGGAAGUUCCUGCAGGACGGGGAUGAAGUCAUCAUCACAGGACACUGUCAAGGAGAUGGUUACCGUGUCGGCUUUGGCCAGUGUGCUGGUAAAGUGCUGCCGGCGCUCUCACCAGCCUGAGAUUCUCUCUGCUCUUCUGGAAACAAAGAGCCGAAGCCGCCCCACUGCUGACCGGGGCCUCCCUCCCGCUGUCAGCCCCUCCUGCACUCAGUGGUCAAUAAAGCCCUGUUUCUUGUG